AUGUGUGCGAUGAUACCCUUUUCUCUGACACCCCCCCCCCCCUUAUCUAGGUGUGGCAGUGUUGUUCUUGACUUCAUGAUGAGGUUCAAUCAAAAUGUAGUCGUCAGCAAUGUUUUGAUGGUCCUGUCGCAUGCUGCGAGGCAAGACAAAUUCGGAGGUUUUAAAGUUAAUCCAGACUCAUUUAAACAAGUUUUAAUACCCACAGAUGGCUCGGAAAGCACAACAAAAGGUAAAUUUUACAAACAUAUUGUUAAAUGUUUACAUGUAUUCUUCCGAAGAUGGACUGUUUAUAAUUGUAUUCCGUAUCUGUUUAAUUAAACAACUUAUUUUGUGACUGAUACAUGUCCAGGUUUUUGUUUUUGUCGUUUUUGUUGUUUUAUUUAAUUAAACAAAAUCUUAUUUUUAAAAAUUAUUUUAGAGAGAGUAGCACCUUACUCUUCCUUUGUACCAAGCCAAUUAGAGUUAACGUUUCCGGUCAUGAACCUGAGCUAUGUAGUAAGAGCAGUGUAUCGACCAGGAUCAGUAUAAAUGUUGUUUGAAUGUUAGUUGAUAAAGCUUUGUAAAAUGAAUCAUUUUAGGUCCUGAGGAAUGUAACUGCCCAUCCAACAACGUCUUGUUAGCCAUAAUUGGGGUUCUUGCCUUCACAAUCUUUCUUCUAAUUGUUUACAUAAUCUGGCUACAUAAGAAAGGUAAGUAAAAAAUCAUUAUCUGUGUUAGAGGGCUUGGCUGGAAGAUUCAUUUUUAAACAAAAAUUUUGACCCACAUUUACAUCAUUUGUCUUUUUUUCCUUUCGUUCUUUUUCAGGCGCUGUAGAGAAACAGAGGUAAGAAUUUUCUUCAAGUUGGAUUGUGUCGGUGUAAUGUGCCCUAUAUGGUUUCAUUCUUAGUGUUUUAUAAUUAUUUCUAUGCUUUCUCAAUUGUAGGACUUAUGAAGAUGAAAGACGUGUUUGCAACGUAAGUUACAGCUAAGACAUUGAGGUCAUGUUAGUGUGGCCAGAAGUCAUGUACUCUUACUUUACCUCUACUUUCUAUUAGAAAAUAAACGCUUGCAGCAAAUAAGAAGGAAAUAAUGUGUAGUUCUAUAUAAAAAAAAAAAAGCAUAUGGCAUCAGUGGUAGAUACAAUGAAAUAAAAAAGGAAGUUAGGCUUGAUAAGGUCUUUGUCCUGUGAUCAUGUCCUUUACCAAGCCACUCCAUGGAUUUUCCUUCGAUUGUCCCUGGUUCUACUGCCUGGCUUCACUUCAUAGAUCGGUUACUUGUCUGCACUCGGUUGAUAUUUGCUUUCUAACUGAUUGUUUUUACGAAUUUUUGGCCGUCUCAUUUUCUUGAUGCCUUAUUUUCUAAACGUGAGUUUAGGAGCUUGGUACUGCAAGAGUGGUUUCGUGCGUUUAUUUGUCAAAAUAUUGGACUACCAAUCGAUAAUCUUCACGUUGCAGUUUGUAGCUUCGACGAAUAUGCUAUCGAUCACUCUAUUGGACAUGAUAGUUUCAAAAGCAGAGAACAAAAUGUUAGUUAUAACGAGUACAAGAGGUUAUAAACUACAUAUAAUCUCUUAUCAUGGAAGAAUAUAAACAUUUGUCUGAUAAAAUUGGGUGAACUGAUUUUUAUAAUCAUGUGGUACUUUUUACUGGGAUUAAUAACAGAUUUGGAUAUGAAUACCUUAACAGUGUGUUGGUUUAAUAGAAUGAAACAUUAUUAGAAGAUGUCGAACCAAGUCUACCUGAUUCAAGAAAACUCACCCAGCGUCAUACGGAAUACAUGGAUCUCAUAGAAGUCAAUAAAGAUGAUAGAAAAGCCCAAAGCACCCCUCCAGGUGCUGAUUACGUGCCUCUUCAUCCAUUAACACGCUGCUGGGAAGUUCCUAAACAUAACGUGACCAUAGAAAAAAUCAUUGGUAAAGGUGCUUUUGGUCAGGUUGCCAAGGGAACAGCAGUAGGACUUCGAGGGAGUCCCAAAACGACCACAGUGGCUAUUAAGAUGCUUAAAAGUGAGCUCUUGUACUGUAAAUGAGUCUUGGCCUACAGACAUUCAGGAAAUGUUACUGGGUUACUGUAGUUAUUUAGCUAUUUGCCAUUUCAUAAGACAUAUUGUUCUUUCGACAUUUUGCAUAUUAUUCCCGUUAACCAAAUUUUACUCCUUGUUUUUAAUGCUCCAGCAAACGCCUCUGAAUCGGACAAGAGAGAUCUGAUGAAAGAACUUGACACAAUGAAGCAGCUGAAACCACAUCCUUACGUCAUUAAACUUCUGGGAUGUGUCACAGAAUCUGGUAUGCUUUGGUUAUGUGGGUCUAAUUUUGUUGUACACAUUUUUCUUAUGAUUUACUUUGUAACACUUUCUCGUCAUUGAUAAUUUGUCUCAAUGGAAGAGUGGCCGCUUCACAACUGAGCAAAACAGACAACCAUCGCAUAAGGUAAUUUUAUGUUGUUUUAGCCAACACAGACGUUCCUGGAUUUACUGAUAGACUAAGACCGAAUAUUUGCCACUGAACAGAUCAUUCUGUUGUAGAAGCAGAAACGCUUUUUGUAAGGGAAUAAUUAGUCUGUACUUUCUUAUGAGACCGUCACAUAGUAUUUCUUUUUUUCAUGCGAUUUCUUCAAAAGUGUUGACCAUGACUGGGCUAUUCAUCUAUUUCAGUUACUGCUUUUUUUUAAGAGAGUAACAUAUCAAUUAAAUUGUUUAAUUUCUUCAGAACAGCUGUUGGUUUUGAUUGAAUAUGUGCCUUUUGGGGAUCUGCUGGGUUACCUGAGAAAGAGCCGUGGAUUAAAAGACACUUACUACAAAGACCCAGAUAUCAAACCACAAACAAAUCUGACGUCACAGCAGCUGAUAAAGUUUGCUUGGCAAAUUGCCGAUGGAAUGAGUUACUUGUCCGCAAAAUCUGUAAGUUAGUUAAAAACACAAAAUACAAACAAUUCUAAAACCUUCUCGUAUGGUCUAUCGUCAUUUUAAGCUCUGUCUUGCAUGGAAUAUUAUGUCUUCACAAGAUCACGCCCGGGAGAUGCAGACGCAUUCUUACCGUCUUGUCGAGGCUAUUUCUUUAGGGCCGGGAGCCCUCCCGAUUUUGACGUCAUCAUAUAAGUUUUAUUUCAAUGCGAGAAUGGCGAUAUUUGUGCAUCGUUGCAAGUGUACCCCAUCGAAAUAAAAUAUCUGGGUUUUUCUCGUGUGGGCAAAGGCAGAGACAUGAAGGAAUAGAAUCGUUUAAGAUAUUCAGCUUAAACUGAGUGUACAACAAAUACCUAUUUUAGUGACAAGGAAGAAAAGGAAUUAAAACCUCUCAUUAAGAAAUUCGUCUUUGGUCGCUAAACUUCUUCAUUACAGAAUCCUAUUUCGAUUAAAAUGUUAAGGUAGGCGUUCUUUGAAAUGACUUCGUAUUGCAGAAAUAAAGUAGUUUGCUUCUCUUGGGAAUAUGGAGCAGUUAUUGUAGUAGUUUUAAUUUUCUGCCAUCUGGAAGAGAAAUACACAACACCAUAUUAUGUUGCUAGAUAUUUCUAUUUUCCUCUCUAAACCAUUUCAUUUCAGUUCUUUUUCUUCUACAAUCACUAAUUUUUGCUCUUACAUCAAUUCUUUCUUAGAUCAUUCACCGAGACCUUGCGGCCCGUAAUGUGUUAGUUGGACAAAAGGAAAUGUGUAAAGUGACAGACUUCGGAAUGGCCAGAGAUGUGCAGCAGGAAAAUAUUUAUGAACGAAAGACAAAGGUAAUCAAGAAAAAGGGGAGGUGAGGGCGGUAUUACAUUUCGUUCAGUUUAGUAAUCUUUGACAAUCGUUGUUGUGGUUGAGCUGAUAUAUUCCUGAUUUCGAUCAUGAAUUCCUUGGGACCCUAAUGAAACUGUCAGCCAUGCGUAUACGAGUACAAUUUUAAAUAUCACUAUUUUUGACUACUCGCUUCCUAUAAUUCUCGAGCUGUUUCACAAAGUGAUAUUUAAAAUCUUUAGGGCCGUCUUCCCGUGAAGUGGACAGCUUAUGAGGCCUUGUUGUAUGGUAAAUAUACCACCAAAAGUGACGUGUAAGUACACCUGAUUAUUACCCGUAGCAGUUUAUCAACAAUUUUAUCAAUUUUAGUCUGGACUUGAAUUCUAGUGAUGCUUUGUCAAAGAAUACAUAUAUUUUAUUCGUCGUAUAUAUUGUUUAUGUCAAUAGUCACUUUAUUUAUAUUCGUUUGAUUUGUCUUUCUGCAGAUGGAGUUAUGGAGUUCUGUUAUACGAGAUUUUCACCAUAGGUAAUAUCGAAUGGAAUUUUAUGAGGCUCUGUAGAUGUUUUUUGCUUUAUACUAUGUUUAAUUAAACAAUGUAUCGUGUUCAAUGAGACAAACGUAAUGAGCUUCAAACCACAUCUAGUGACAAAGGUGGUGUUUCAUUGAAGGUCGUUUUUUUGUCAUAUUUGUAUUUCGAUGGUCUUGUGGUUCUUCCAGGCGGUUCACCUUACCCACGAAUGGAUGGAAGAAAAAUUGCAAACUUACUCCAGGAUGGAUACAGGAUGCCUAAACCACAACACGUCGAUGAAAAAUUGUAAGUUUUCUUUAUUUACUUUUUCUCCCUCGUCGUACAAGGAAACAUUCUUUAAAUCUUUAACAGAUUAUUUGAAUAAUACCAGGUAUCAGAUCAUGAUGAAAUGCUGGAAGAAUGACCCAGACACAAGACCAACUUUCACUGAAUUGAAAAAUCAGCUUAAGGACAUGGAAACCCUACACAAGGUCAGAAUUUUUAUCAAUAUGAAAGUUUCUUUUCACGUAGGACCGACUGGCUUAGGCUCAGCUAAUAAAGGUUAAACUUAACAGCAUUGAGCCUAAGUUUGGAUUGCAUCUUUUUCUUAAGUCACUGAAGCUAGCACUCCACGAAAAACAUCAAAGAAGUGAACUAGAAUGUCUCAAUGACAAUUAACACGUAAUGGUUAUUUAAAAGAUCAUAGGAUGAUUGCGAAACUGCAUUGAGACGCACAAAGAGUAGCAGAUGACGACGCCAUAAAAUACUUCCUCCUUGAAUUUGUUUUGGUGUGAAAACCUGACCACUCACGAGGAUAACCACUUAAAACUUUUUUAGUGUUGCUGAUUAUUAUAUAAUUUUUCUCUGCAGAAGCUAAUUGACAUGAAAAUGUACGACAAGCAAUUGUAUGCAAACGUCGAGGAUUUAACGGUGUAGUUAGAUACACGUCUACGGUGUAUGACCUGCUAAUAUUUUGAACACUUCGCCCAGACAUGUUACAGGGAUUAAUCAUCGUUUCCUUACACGCUUACUUGGUAGAAAUAGCCAUGUUGCGUUUAGCAGUUAGGCUGUUACACUGCAAUUCAAUUGACUUCAUAUUCUUAAAAGCUGAAACGCUUUUAUAAGUUUACCGAUAAAGUUUAAUCUCAUUUUCUCCUUAACAUAUUAAGUACUUACAUAUAUGCCUCGUCACAAGCGUUUGAGUUCAGUUUAUUUUCUGGCUCAAUUCUGAGGUGGUGAUGAGAUCUCGCUCUGAAAGCCAUAGUUGUGUACAAUUUUAAUAAAUUUCUAAAAAUUUUUGCCGCAAAACCCGCUUGUUUUUUGGAAAGCUAAUCGUGCGCAUACAUUGAUUUCCCAAAGACUGCCUUUACUUGCGAUACCAACUCGAAAUACUUUUAUACGGAAUUCUAAUCAAAAUUAUACUUGACACAUUACUUCUGCAACAAAGUUUGUUGUUUGGCCUAACAGGCCGAUAGUUUUCGCUUACGAGAUACUAUUAUUCAACGAAACUGGUCGUAAGUACGGGUUGAAGUCUUUUUUUCUUGGAUACGUUGC